GUCUGAGAAUUUUCCAGGAACUAAACUACUCAGCAGGUUACGUCAUCAUUUAAACCUCACUGAGACUGACUGCAAUGAAACCGGGGAAGAAAGAACUUCUGUGAAGCUUCGAGAGAAAGUGUUAACGCUGCUAUCCAUGGGAAUGAGCUCUGGUUUGAGGUCAUCUUGAUUUACAGAUUUCUUGACCCCAGCUUGUUCUUCACUUUAACUUUUGCCCGCUCCAUUUGAAAGUUCAUCUCCUGGCCUUGUCACUCCAAUCCCUAGUCAGCACUGAUUUUUCACCCUGGUGAAUCACACCACAAACAGACCAAACCACCUUUCUUAACAGACACGGAGUGCACCUCUCUGUCUUUUUUUUUUGUUUGUUUUUUAAUUGACUGUUAUAUGUUGUGUGUUGACUUCCUCUUGAACCUUCUCCUGUGACUCUGGUGUUUGUAAUAGAGGUCCUGGCAUGCUGCUACUUUUGUUAUUUUGGGACUCUCACUUCCUACCACAGUCCCUAAAGACUUACUCCCUAUUAUAUUGUUUUAGAUCAUUGACAUGGCAUUCCACGAGGACCUCCUGAGCAUUCAGUCAGAGACAUAUCUCGCCCCUAACCUAAACAAGGGUGAACUUCAUCAUGUUUUUAUCAGCUACAGUAGCUUGGAUACUUCCUGGGCCAACAGUUUUAUUAAAAACCUAGAGUCUCCAGAAUACGGAUUCAAAGUAUGUUACCACGAGAGGGACUUUGUUGCUGGAAAAUCAGUGAUGGACAACAUGACAGACUGCAUCCGAGCCAGCCAGAAGGUGGUGCUGAUCCUCAGUGAGGACUUCUUGCGCAGCCGCUGGUGCCUCCUGGAGGCCAACCUGUCACUCUUCCAGGACUGCAGCCAGGGUAAGCCAGUGGUACCCAUCCUCCUACAGCCAUGCGUCAUCCCCUUGCACCUCAGACACUUGACCUAUUUAGAUGUUGAGGAUCCUCGAUUCUACAAAAAACUCUUUGAGAUCCUUUGUACCCCCAACCAUCUUCUGAGGAACCCCAUGGGACCGCUCUGCCAGCCUGUUUCUGCCUACGAAGGGAAACUGCUGGCAACAGUGUCAGCAGUGGAUGAGGACAUUCCCCCAUGGGCCUCUGGGACAUUUAGCAACUUGGGACCCCCAGGGCAGCUGGAAAUGGUGGCAGACAGUUACAGAGAGGCAAUUGAAAUGAUCAAUGAUGUUGCUGUCACCACAUCAGUGCUUCAAUACAAGUGGAUAAGAAGCAGUCUCGCGAUCCUGUUUGGUUUACUUCUCGGGUGUGCCUUAUGUUUAUUUUUCCUAAAUCUGAUGCUAUUUAAAAUGUCUUUUCCUUCACAUUUACUGUUAGGAGUGCUGAUGUUUCCUAUUGGCAUUGGUCUGCUUUGCAUUUCAGCAUUUAAGGUUGGUAACUGGGAGAAGCAGGAAGGUAAAGUAAAGCUGGCAAAUCUGAGGCAAAUUGCUGGGAGUGCGAACAUCCUCAUGUCUGAGCAGAAUGUGCUCCUUGGUUUUGAAUCGAGAGUACGACUACAUUCCAUCUACAUGCCACUGGAAAGCUGCCGGGAGACCUUUCAGGACACCUUCCCAGGCACUUUAGGGGAAGAGAUGUUUCACAAGGCCUUGCUUCAUUUCUCUUCCGGGUAUGCAGUCUGUGUGGCCAAGAAGCAUUUUCCUUUUCCUCUAACUGCCCUAAAUGAUAGCAGGGUGCACACAGAAGUGGGGGUUUGCUUUUGCCAGUAUGUAUCCCAGCAGCUCCGCCGAGACAUUUGGACAUAGACCUCUGUGAUUCUACAACAGAACUUCUCUAUGUCUGCGCACACAGUUUUCCCAGCUUUUCUCACUAACAGAUGUCUGAUGUUUUUCAAGGAGCUAUAAAGUAAAAUUUUGAAGAGCAGCAAAGGAGCUUUACUAAUCACUGAAUAUACUGUACACAGACCCAAAAGCAGAUCUGCAUCAUCUUUCACAGAACAUCUUCCAUGGGUUGAGUCAUUAAGAAUACGGUUUGACUUCUAUGGAAUCCGGAAUUGAUUUCCUAUUUACAUAGACAUAAAUGGACUAUAAGACAGCCUGAGGUAAAAGGGUAUGGAGGAGAUGGUUUAAUGUGAUUUGAAUCUACAUGGGUCUAAUAUGUAAAACUAAAAGUCCGUCAGGGUUGCUGGUCUCAAGUUUGAUUGCUUCAGUAUCAAGAUCUGGACCCAUAUUUAUCUAGCAUCUCAGAAUUACUCCAAGGAAUUGCACUAAAGGUCACACUAGGAUAGGAAUUUGUCCAACCUCAGAGUAGGAAAUAAGAAAUAUUAACAAAGGAUCCUAGUCCCAGUCCCAGCAAGGAGUAAGAAUAAACAUCUGAGAAUGAAUGACAUCACGAUUUUACAGUAUCCCUUGUCAUAAGCUAGGGGUCCCUAACUCCGGUCCUGGAGGACCACAGUGGCUGCAGGUUUUCAUUCUAACCAUUUUCUUAAUUAGUGGCCUGUUUUUGUUGCUAAUUAACUUCUUUUAAAUUUAUUUUAAUGAAUAAUAUUGUAAUGAAGACGAAGAUGGAAAGAACAUGGCACUUACAUUGAAUGAGAGUAACACCCAAUAAAGGCCAUGUUUAUUUACUAAUAAAUGCUCCAGGGAUUGUUCCUGUUUUACACACUAUGCUUGCCAGUGUAGGCUCCAGCUUUCCUGUGACCCUGCUCAUGAUGCAGCAGGUUUAGAAAAUUGAUGGAGAGAUGGGUGGAUGAGUGAUCCUUUCAGAUGAAUCACCUUCUCUUUGUUAUACCAAAAGAAAAUGUCUCAUAAAGUAGCAGUUUUACCGAAACUAGGCACCACUAUCCUGGAGCUGCUUCUGGAGUCGAGAACACUCUUCCAGUGUCCCAAUUGUCUUCCACAGUACCAUGCUGUGUUGUUUCUCUCUUUGGGACUCUCCCCUUAUCUUCUGCAAGGCUCUAUUUAUCCAAUGCCACGGGAGUCUCCCACUGCUUUCUUGAACCUUCACAGACUUGUAAAAUUUAAUGGUAAUGUUCUAAGGGAUUGUGGAAUGGAAAAUUCAGCAUACCUGUGUGACAUUUUGAUAUCACUCAACCAUCCAGUCCUGUCUAUCUUUAGGGUAAUAUGUUGGCUACUAAAGCACAGUUUACACCCAUGACCUCCUGUGCGCUGAUCCUGUGAUUUCACUUCGAGUCACAUACGAAUGCUCAUCCACACUUGGCAGGCACACGCUUGCUUUAACAUUACCUUGCAUGGAGAUGCAGGGAAAGGUAUAAAUCUGCAUAUUACCUCACGUGUUGUUAAGGUUUUUAAAGUUUGGUGCAAAAUUCAAGAACUGCUUUGUUUUGACAUACACAAAUCUGCAUUUUACACGUAAAGUUACACUUUCAAUUCGCCUGACAGCACAUGGCUUCUACACGUACCUGUAGAUGGAGCGAUCAUGGAAUUUACAAAAUUUGUAAUGAGUAUUAUUCCAUCUCUGCCUAAUCAAUAUUUUUUUUUACAAGUUCAUUGUUGUCCAGUGUUUUCAACACAUUUAUAUCCUUUACCAGGAUGUGUGUGCUGAUCUCUGCCUCAUCUUCUGGCACCUCCAACCAAGUUAUGACAGCUCAUAAGCUCUCUUAAAUCCUUGUGAAGUUAGGAGUACUUUCCUAAAUUAAGAAAAUUGCUAAAAUGCUCUCUCUCUACUCUUAAGAGUAUCACCAAGAUUGCAUCACUCUAGAUUUUUGAGCCAGUUAAGACAGUUUUCCUACUCUGAAACACUUGAUAAAUAUGGGCACAGAUUAUACAACUUUGGCUUUUUUUUGCCAUUACUAUAUUAUUAACUAGCUGUCCCCCGCCGCUCCACCCAUGUAGUAGUGAAACAGGACAAACUAUAAAAAUUAAUAAACAAACAGGUACCACUAGUUAAGUGGCGGCAAGGUACACUGCAAAACGCAGAGGUAGACGGACUCCCCACUCCUAACAUUACUCUUCCACUCCCCUCUGCCCGCAGCCUCUGUCUCGAAUUAGUGCAAAUAUAUUGCUCCAGCAAGCGAACUUUGAUUCUUAGCACGAUGAGAAAGUCACAAAAUCAGCCGGAAUGUUCAAGCAAAUUCUAGAAAAAAAAAGCUGUUAAGUAGUUCUCUCGUAAAAAGCAGACAGACAUACAGACAGACAUUGGAUUUUAUAUAUAUAGAGAUGGAAUACUCCACUCAAAAAUUAUAUUUUUGUAUACGAUUUUUACCAUGUAGGGGUGACUAAGAAAAAAUUUUAAUUUCAUAUUUUCAUGCACAAUGAAGAGACAAAAAUGAUGAUAGAACAGAAGUCAAUAGUGACCAAUCUUUGUAUAUAAUAUGCUACUGUGGCUGUUUGUUCGUUUAAAUCACCUGUAACUUGCAAACCGUUUGACCUUUUAACCUGAAAUUUGGUGCGCAUAUACUAUGUGACAUCUAGUAUCCGCUUUUGGGGUGAUGAUUGACCUCCAAGGUUAUUCCUCUUUUUAUUUUUAUUUUAUUAUAGAAUCAACUCUCAGCAGUGGCCAGGAGGGCAGCUGUGUGGUGCAUGCAUACGGGCGCCAUUCUCAUCCCUACCACCUUCGCCAUCACUUCUCCUACCUCUUCAUAUCUUAAAUCAUUCUUGAGGCAGAUUGAAGACUUAAGUGCCAGCUUAAGUGAAAAAUUAAGGAAAAUGAACUUAGUAAUUUCAACACAAACGCUGACUUAAUCACUUUUAACGUAAAAAGAUGCUGAUGAAAGAAGAGAAGAACCAGGCCGCUAGGGUGGAGGAAAGAAGAGCUGCUCAGGAAGCAGCAAGGGCAUCAACCUCUGAGCAAAUGAAUGCAAAAUGUACAGAGAAAGAGUCUGAAAACUAGGAAUGCUCAAGUCAAGUGUAUUCACUGCACGUUAUGGUGCAGUACGCCGUUACUGGUUAUGUAUAACACAAAAUGGAGUGAAAAAUAUCCAUGAAAAAAGCAAAAUAAAUUCUCACGUUAUA